AUGAUCGUUAUUACAGGAGCGGCCGGGUUUAUCGGUAGCUUUCUCGUCGGUUACCUCAACCGGCAAGGCUUUACAAAUCUUGUACUGGUAGAUGAUUUUGAUGUGCCAUCCAAACAAAUGAACCUCACCGGAAAGGAUUUUGCCAUGCAGAUCCACCGGGAGAAAUUCUUUGAAUGGUGCCAUGCAAAUCCAGGUAUUAUCAAGCAUAUCUUCCACCUUGGUGCGCGUACCGACACCACCGAGAUGGACUAUGAAGUGCAUAAAAAGUGGAACCUGGAUUAUUCAAAAGAAGUCUGGAAGAUUUGCGUAUCCCAGGGUAUUCCGCUGGUUUAUGCAUCUUCUGCGGCUACUUAUGGCAAUGGGGAACAUGGUUAUAAUGACGAUCAUACGGUGGUGGAUCAGCUGACGCCACUUAACCCUUAUGGCUUGUCUAAACAAGAAUUUGAUCAAUGGGCCUUACAGCAGGCAAGCGCUCCUCCUUUCUGGGCAGGGGUGAAGUUUUUUAAUGUCUAUGGUCCGAAUGAAUAUCAUAAAGGCCGCAUGGCUUCGGUGAUCUUUCAUUCAUUCUAUCAGGUAAGGGACAAAGGCAGUGUAAGGCUUUUCCGCUCACAUAACCCCGCCUAUACUGAUGGUGGCCAGAUGCGUGACUUUGUUUACGUGAAAGACGUAGUAAGCAUGUGUACCUGGCUGAUGACCCAUCAGCCGGAAAGCGGGCUGUAUAAUAUCGGUUCCGGCCAGGCCAGGACCUUUAUUGAUCUGGUCAAUGCCAUCUUUGAUACGCUGAACAUUAAUCCGCAAAUAGACUUCAUCGACACACCGGAAGAUAUUCGCGAUAAAUACCAGUAUUUCACGGAAGCUAACAUGGCUAAAAUACGCCAUGCCGGUUAUGACUUACCCUCUUAUUCGCUGGAAGCCGGCGUGCGUGAUUAUAUCACAGAGUAUUUGCAAGACAGCCGUUACUACUAA